UCCUCCUCACAGAGGAGAGAGGGCAGACACUCUCCUUGCCUCCCCGGUGGUUGGCAGAGCAGCCGCGGCACCCGCCUGCUGCCUGGCUGAUGGAGAGAUUAAUCCUAAGCCCUUCCCGUCAGCACCCCCACCCCCCACCCCGGGCAGGACCAUGCUGGCUGUCCCUGUGGACUUGGAGCACCAAGUCCGCUGCUGAGGCAGGACAGCUGGCCCAGCUCCCAGCAGCAUCCGGACCUUCAGCUCUCAGGAGGAAGGAGGACUUCGGGGGUCCUUCUAGAAAGCCACUCUGCACCCCUGCUCUUCUGAAGGUUCAGAAUGAAUAAACUUCUGCUCUUUAGAGGGGGCCGGAGAAGGACAGAACACUGACUCUACCAGGGAUGCUAUGUUGGCAGUUGGUUUUGGUUUUGUGUUUUUUUCCCCCCCCCCCCACCUCUCUGACACAAAACUGCCUCUUUCCUGAUCACUGAGAAAUGGGCUCCCCAUGCCCGGCAGAGAACAGGCUGGGGACACACUUCCUAAGACAAGCGACAAGGGAGCCCGCUGCUCCCUGGCCCCGCAGUCUGUGGCAAUGCCCAUGUCUUCCAGAGACAGGCACCUGCGUCCUGGACACCAUCACUUUGGCUCCUGCAGCCCCUUGAACCAGCUCUGGCCUGGUCCAGAGCCUCCUCAGUCAGUCAAGGGCCUUUACUACCGCCGGGCCCGGAAGGUGGGCACCCUGGACGCCUCUCCAGAGGCCGACUUGAAGAAGGAGAUCCUGGUGAACGUGGGUGGCCGGCGGUACCUGCUGCCCUGGAGCACCCUGGAUGCCUUCCCGCUGAGCCGCCUGAGCAGGCUCCGUCUGUGUCGCAGCUACGAGGAGAUCACACAGCUCUGUGAUGACUAUGAUGAGAACAGCCAGGAGUUCUUCUUUGACCGGAGCCCCAGCGCUUUCGGGGUGAUUGUGAGCUUCCUGGCCGCGGGAAAGCUGGUGCUUCUGCGGGAGAUGUGCGCGCUGUCCUUCCGGGAGGAGCUGAGCUACUGGGGCAUCGAGGAAGCCAACCUGGAACGCUGCUGCCUGCGCAAGCUCAUGAAGAAGCUGGAGGAGGUGGCCGAGCUGCGGCGGGAGGAGGCGAUGCAGCGCCAGCAGCAGCGCCAGACCUGCCACUCGGAAGUGCACGCUUCACGGUGGGCCCGCAGCAUGAACCAGCUGCGAGAGAUGGUGGAGGACCCGCAGUCAGGGCUGCCUGGGAAAGUCUUUGCCUGCCUCUCCAUUCUCUUCGUGGCCACCACGGCUGUCAGUCUGUGUGUGAGCACCAUGCCAGACUUCAGGGCUGAGGAGGACAAGGGAGAAUGCACGAGAAAGUGUUACUACAUCUUCGUGGUGGAGACCAUCUGUGUGGCCUGGUUCUCCCUGGAGUUCUGUCUGCGUUUUGCCCAGGCCCGGAACAAAUGUCAGUUCUUCCGCGGGCCCCUGAAUGUCAUCGACAUUCUGGCCAUCUCUCCAUACUACGUGUCUCUUGUGGUGUCUGAGGAGUCCCCGGAGGCAGGCGAGAGGCUGAGCGGCAGCUCCUACCUGGAGAAAGUGGGGCUGGUCCUGCGUGUUUUGCGGGCGCUCCGCAUCCUCUAUGUGAUGCGCCUGGCCCGCCACUCGCUGGGGCUGCAGACGCUGGGCCUCACCGUACGCCGCUGUGCCAGGGAGUUUGGCCUUCUGCUGCUCUUCCUGGGUGUGGCGGUCACCCUCUUCUCCCCUUUAGUCUACGUGGCCGAGAAUGAGUCUGGAAGGGUCCUAGAGUUCACCAGCAUCCCCGCAUCCUACUGGUGGGCCAUCAUCUCCAUGACCACGGUGGGUUAUGGGGACAUGGUCCCUCGCAGUGUGCCGGGCCAGAUGGUGGCUCUGAGCAGCAUCCUUAGUGGUAUCCUCAUCAUGGCCUUCCCAGCCACAUCCAUCUUUCACACCUUCUCCCAUUCCUACCUGGAGCUGAAGCGGGAGCAGGAGCAGGUCCAGGCCCGCCUCCGGCGUCUUCAGAACACAAACUCGGCUAGCGAAAGGGAGCUUCUGAGCGACGUGGAUGAUCUGGUCCCUGAGGGCCUGGCCUCCCCUGUACGCUACGUGUAAUGCCCACCAUCUUAGGAAUGUGCAAUACUAUCAACCCAUCCCAUGGCUGAGACAAGCUCCCGCACCUCUCCUCUCCCGUGGACCAUCUGGGGGGGUGUCCUCAGAAUACUGACUUCCAAAGCAGGAAAGAUGCCAGGCCACAACAACAUUGGUGUGAUCCUGGGCACAUCCCUUGUCCUUCCCCAGAUCCCUGCCAGCCACUGGGCACAGCUCAUCUUGGCAGGCUAGGUCAGUGUCCCUGGGUUCUUUUCCCUUCCUUGCAUACUCUGUGAUAAUCCACCCUGGGUUCUGGAUGCUCACUGAACUGACUACCACUAGUAGCCAAAUCCGGAGUCUGCAGAUUUCCAUCUUCUCCCCUAGACUCCCUGUCCUGGUCCAUGCUACCCCUGGGAAUCAGAGAGCUUGGGCCCUGAGACCUACUGAAAGCUCCACAUAGCCUGCAAGGCUUCCAAGAGGAUCAUGUGUUCUCUUGCUUCCUGCCACCGCCAACCAAAUAAUUUCCAAAUGUGGUGGAAGUACUCACUGUUCUGGAAGCUCUUAGCCAAGAAGGCAGUCCUGGCCAUUAUAGCAAAUCCUGCCAGGGUCUCAUGGUGGCAAGCCUGCUGUCACCUAUGGCAUGCCUGGAGACUUGGGCUGCCGGGCUGCCUGCAAGGACCCAGUUGGCCAGCUGGACUCUUGGUGGACACUCUCUAGUUGUACAGCUCUUAGCCUUGACAAGGGGACUCUAAGAACUGUACAACGUCCUUUCAGAGAACAACAGCACCAGGAGGAACCUCAGCCUGCCUGGUUCUAGCUCCCUGCAUCAAUCAGACCCCCACUGAUGGAGGAUGGGCAUUCCUGGUGUCUGUGUGCAUCCAUGUAUCCACGUGCUCAUCUGUCAGCAGACUCAGCCCUUGGAUCCACAGAGGAGGCAGAAUGCUAGAAACGUGACUUACAGAGACAAACCAGAAAGAAGCCGAGACCUCUGAGCAGCCAGUGGCCCCAAAGUUUCCCAAGACACAGGUCUAAUGUUGGAGGGACGCUCGGAGGAACAGAGUAGGCUAGGAUAAGGAGGUGAUGGAUCUCAGAGCCUUACAGAAGACAGCACUGUGACUGUAAGGAUGACGGUCCAAGCGGAAGUGGGAGUGUCGUCCGUCCAGGAAUGACCGGUGGGCUCACCUUCUCCACGUCACUACCGAUCUGGCACAGCACACCUGGAAGACAUCUCUGUGGCACUUCUCAGGAGUGACAGACACAGCUGCACCGUCAUUCAGUAUUGACUGUAAGGUCAUUGGAGAAAGUAUGGGGGACACAAGGAAGUGUCAGUGAGAUAGGCUGGCCCUUGUGAAUCUGACAUGGCUCAUGCGUGGGUACAGGCAAUACUGCAGCCCUGCUCACGCGUGCCUGGCUGUUGGUCCUGCCAGUACUGGGCUGAGCCUGCUGUGUGCCAGGCUCACACUUCCCCUGACUGCAGCACAUAGCCAAUGACUACCCGGAGGAACCCCAACAUCUAACCUAAAGUACAUCUUGCCCACGUGGGAACUCUCACAUUCUCUGACUCCCCCCAACAGAUGUGUGUGUGCACGCACAGGUGCACACGCGCGCACACACACACACACACACACAUACACACACACCCCUCCAUCUCUCUAGACCUCAAGGUCUGGAGAGCACCCUUAGUUCUUACCAAGUUUACAUGUCUCAAGCAAGCCUUUUGUAUCACACUAGGAGAGCUGAUGCCUUGAGGAGGCCCAAGGCAUGCUGCUCUGCUCCAGGAUUCAGUUAGCAGAGUCCUCGGGGUAUUCUGGGAGCAUAUCAAAAGUAACUAUACUAAUCUUUUAUGCCAGGUUAGUUUUUGUUUGUUUUGAGACAGGCUCUCACAGUGUAGUCCAGGCUAUCUUUGAACAUGUAAUCCUCCUGGCUCAGCCCUCUGGCUCCCAAGCUGACAUUUUUAUAGCUGUCAUUAGGCAAAACACUAAACAGUCAGUUUUUCCUUUAUGCUCUUAAGAAGAAGACAGCAUGGGUACCAGCUGAGGCCUGGGGGGUUCACACUGUCUAUGACUGUGGGCAGUUCCCUUUGCCUCCCUGUAAACUGCUGUGGGCCAGAUUUGUGGUUCUCUAGCUGAUGUUCCACAGAACACUCUUGGGGGCUGCUGUUGUCAGGGGAAGGCCAGCCAAAAGGACAGAGGGCCCAUUGACCGAUGAUGGUCGCACACUCACAACAUCUAAAAGAAUACAAAAAUGUCUAAACAGCUCCUCUCCUCCAGGGCAGGGUUAUCCACAAAUCACUGUUCUGAGGUGUUGUGCUCACCCUGGAACCAGAGAAGAAGCCACAAGGGGACCUGGCCCCUUGUCAGAUCUGCAUCGAUCCCUCUCUUCUGACUGAGGCCUCAUCUGCAUCACAUGCUUGGGGUGAUGUUUCCCAGCAGCGUGUCUGGCUCUCACCAGGCAUCCCACAGUUCUCUGUGCCACCCAAAUGUACCAGAGCAAAAAAAAAAGUCAAAAGUCAGCAUUAGCUGAACCCAUCAAAGACACUGAAUAUCUUUAUCAUCUGCACACAUAUACCCAGUUAAAGUUCUCACUAAAUAAGACUUGGAAAAUUGGAAGGGAUGGCUUGAUGUGGGGCUCAAUUGAAUGCUUCCAUUUCGUUUUUGUUUUUGUUUUUUUCUCCUGGGUAACAUCCUGGGAGAUGGGUCUAAGUGGUCCAGGUCUGGCUUUGCAUCUCUUUUGAUAUGAUUGGAUGGGUGGAGCAACAAGCAUGUUGCUAGGUAGUGUUUUCAUCCCCAUUGGUUGACAGGAGCCUAGUGAUCUGCAGCGGCUGUGGCUGUAGCCAAAGGGGACCCUUGACUUUGAGCCACCUUCAGGCUGUCAUAGAUGUGGCUCCCAGAGGGAGGCACAGUGUUGAUUGAAGGUCUUUCUAGCCACUCGGGGUUGAGCCCAGCAGGAGAAAGAUGAGUUAGUUCUUCAAUGAAAGGGACUCAAGGAGGAUCCUGACUUGGGGCUGUGCCAAGACCAAGGGCUCCUUCCAGAGCUUCUAGGGCUGCACCAUGGCAGUCCCAUCAAAAGAUGAGCAGUGUGUGCCUGAAGGGCAAAUGUGCCUCUGGAUGCAAAUGCACUUCAGAGGGUAGAGUGUCGCUGAUUUCAUUUGUUUCUCAAAGGAAGACUCUCCAAACAGGGUAAGGAGCUCUAAUAUCAAUCAACGCUCUCUUGGAAGAUGGAGAGACCAAGGUUCAGAGAGGGAAAACCACCUGCCUAAGGCCACACAGCUGGCUCAUCUUAUUAUAGUCAAGUAUCUUGACUCCUAGCAGAGUCUUUUCUAGUCCAUUCUGCCUCUACCCUGGGCUCAUGGGAAUCAGGGCCUGUCCUCGGAGAAUGUGCUUGAGAGGAAAAGAAAGCAGCAGUUUGCCACACCGUCCUGAGCUGAGGGGCAGAGAGACUGUGGAGUGUCCUGGGCAGAUUGUACAACAUGAGACAUGGGAAUGGACUUGCCGGACCUGCUCUCCCUCACAUAUCCCAUGGAGAUCCUGCAGGAGGCCACCUAGUCCUUCCCAGCAUGGGCAACUGGGCUUCUAGGAGCUCACUGCAACCACUUCUAACCUGGAGGUGAACUGGGAAGGCACCUCCAUAGAGGAACAUAGAAAGGGACGCUCCAGCAUUCAGUCUGUGGACGGUUUACCAUCUCCCAAACCUGGCGGCUCAUUCCAGAUUCACCUGUCUGCAAAGAUCCUUUCCUGCCACCAGAUUUCCAUCACUCAGGUACCACACCACACCUUUUCCCUUGGUGCACUGUAGGCCCCACUGUGGACACUCUCCACAUCUCCCAGUCCUCAUAGACACAUGUGACAAGGGGACACUUUCUGGGUGGUCACUGGUACCCAGCCUGUGGGUUUGUAAUGAUUUGUGUGGUGAAUAUGUCAGAUGCCGUGAGUCCCAGCAAAUCUCCCGACCCCAGAAGAAAGAGGAAGAGGGGUUACUAUCAAUGAGGGGUAGUUCCUUUCUUUGGGAGGUGAUCCCAGGACACACUAUGGAAGAGCAGAGACGGAGGAAGGGGAGGAAGGGCCCAGGGAGAGCUGGCCUGGCCCAAAGAUUGAAAUAAAGCAGUAACAUUAGACCUGCCUACUGCUUGGCUGGCCACAUUGAAGGGCCUCUGUGAAGAGAACAUAUCCUUCUUGCAGGUAAAUGAGUCCCCGAGACUCAGCAUCCCCAAACCUGGGCAGCUUCACAGAUUCUAAAGUGGGACCUUAAUGGUCUCAGGGUCCUGCUUUUGUCUUUGCAAGUGUGGACAGGAAGGACCAAGGAGGGGGUGUGACUUAGGAGACACACCCCCAGGUGGGGCACAGCCAGGCUCAGCCCAGCCUCUGGACUCCAGCUCUAGCGCUUCCAGCCCUGGGCGGCCUGCUCUCUGCCCAGUGCCUGUCUUUACGCAGCUUUGACGUCUGGCCAAGGGGCGCCUCCUGGAAUACAAUGUCGGUUAAAAAUAAAACAAGAGGCGCCGGCCCUCCCCUGCAGCAGCCUGCUGCCGAGGACACAUGGGGGACUCAGUGCCACCACUUUGGGACCUGCUGUAAGGAGGACACAGCCAAGGAGGCACAGGCACCAUGUGACACAAGGCGGGACAGUGUGGGCCCUGAGCUAAAAAUAGCCUCCGUUGUAUUUGCAGUGACCUGCCAAAUGUAGACCCCUGUGGAGCCGAGGUGCCACCUGCACUUUCUGGGGGAGCUUUUGGGACCCUGCACACUUCUGAAUUAAACAUUAAAUGGCAUUAAAAAGA